UGGCCGGCACCGUGUGACUCCUCUGCUCGCUGCGCCUGUUACUAAGGCAGCAUCUCUUCCCCCUGCCCGCUACUAUGAGGAGAAGCCGCCGCCGUGUGAUGUGAGAGCAGCUGCGCCGAGGUCAGCCCGCCGCCCCUCCCCGACUCCCCGUUCUUGUCCCGGGGAUGGGCGCCUCACCUGCCCGCACAGCGCGGCCCUGGCUACCCGCUCUGCUGCUCCUCAGCCCGGCUGUAAUGCUGCCUCCAAAAUAGCCCGCUCCCGCCGCCAGCAGCAGCAGCCCCGCACUGGCGGGGGGCCCCACACUGGUACCUUCGGGUGUGUAUGUGACGGCGUCAUCCCCAUGUAGCUGCUGCAGCUCUCCCCCACCCAGAGCCACCGUGAUGGCUGAGACUGGCGUCCAGAGACGGAAACCGAAGCUGCUGGGAUUUUGUAUCAAGACCUGCUUCUUGCAGUUUUUUGUGGUUUCGGUGUUUGGGGAAGAGAAGACCUUCAUUGUGGAGAGCUGGUUAAAGACAUAUGGCUAUUUGCUCCCAUACGACAUCAGAAUAUCAGCUUUACAUUCAGGAAAAGCUAUGCAGUCUGCAGUUGCAACAAUGCAACAGUUCUACGGAAUUCCAGUGACUGGCGUGCUGGAUCAAAUGACAAUAGAGUGGAUGAAAAAGCCUCGCUGUGGGGUGCCUGACCUUCCUAAUUUAAGCCAUAGAAGAAGGAACAAGAGAUAUGCAUUAACGGGACAGAAGUGGAGACAGAAGCACAUUACAUACAGCAUACAUAACUAUACGCCUAAAGUAGGAGAGCUGGACACUAGGAAAGCCAUUCGUCAGGCCUUUGAUGUGUGGCAGAAGGUGACUCCACUGACAUUUGAAGAAGUUCCUUACCAUGAAAUAAAAAAUGAGCGCAAAGAAGCAGACAUUAUGAUAUUUUUUGCUUCUGGUUUUCAUGGAGACAGCUCUCCGUUUGAUGGGGAGGGUGGAUUCUUAGCACAUGCCUAUUUCCCUGGCCCUGGAAUAGGGGGUGACACUCACUUUGAUUCGGAUGAGCCUUGGACCCUGGGGAAUUCCAAUCAUGAUGGUAACGACCUCUUCCUAGUUGCUGUUCAUGAACUUGGUCAUGCUUUGGGUCUGGAGCAUUCAAAUGACCCAAGUGCCAUCAUGGCACCUUUCUACCAGUAUAUGGAAACACAUAAUUUCAAGCUUCCCCAAGAUGAUUUACAGGGAAUUCAGAAAAUUUAUGGUCCCCCUACCGAAACAUUGGAGCCUACAAGACCUUUGCCCACACUUCCCCCGCGUAGAAUUCAAUCCACUUCUGAAAGAAAGCAUGAAAGACAGCCAAGGCCCCGUGCUCCAUCAGGGGAGAAACCGGCCCAUCCAGGCAGCAGGCCAAAUAUAUGUGAUGGAAAUUUUAACACUGUUGCUCUUUUUAGAGGCGAGAUGUUUGUCUUCAAGGAUCGCUGGUUUUGGCGGCUUCGUAAUAAUAAAGUACAGGAAGGAUAUCCAAUGCAGAUUGAACAGUUCUGGAAAGGACUGCCAGCUAAAAUAGAUGCAGCAUAUGAGCGUUCAGAUGGGAAAUUUGUGUUCUUCAAAGGAGACAAAUAUUGGGUCUUUAAAGAAGUGACAGCAGAGCCUGGCUAUCCACACAGCUUAAUAGAGUUGGGUAGUUGUCUCCCACGAGAGGGUAUCGACACAGCUCUGCGAUGGGAACCGGUUGGCAAAACCUAUUUCUUCAAGGGUGAUAGAUACUGGAGAUACAAUGAGGAGAAGAGGACAGCUGAUCCUGGGUACCCUAAAUCGAUAACUGUUUGGAAAGGAAUCCCAGAAGCACCUCAGGGAGCUUUUGUGAGCAAAGAAGGGUCUUACACUUAUUUCUAUAAAGGAAAGGAAUACUGGAAAUUUGAUAAUCAGAAGCUGUCUGUUGAGUUGGGUUAUCCAAGAUCAAUUGUUAAAGAUUGGAUGGGCUGCAACCAAAAAGAUGUGGACAACAGCAAAGACAGACAUCUACCACAUGAUGAUGUGGAUAUAAUGGUUACAAUAAAUGAUGUGCCAAGCACUGUAAACGCUAUAGCAGUGGUAAUCCCAUGCAUAUUGUCCCUGUGCAUCCUGGUCUUGGUAUAUACUAUUUUUCAAUUUAAAAACAAAGGUGUGCAACAAAAUGUAACAUACUACAAACGACCAGUGCAAGAAUGGGUAUGACAAGAUCUGGAACACUUGUUUUCUUUUUAGUUUUUAUGAGGGCUAAAAGGAUACUGGGAUCCAAAGUCCAUUGAUCAGAACGAUGUACAUCAUUGGUGACCCCAGCUUUACCAGUAAGGAAAGACUUGACGGAAUACAGAGAUGGCCUUACACAACGGAGCCUCUUUCAUUCUUACUGCCUCAUACUUGUAUCUUUUCUAGUGUGCCAUUUCCUAGGCUCGUGUUGUGAGCCCCGGGUAACUUGCUUGGAAUUUUAUUCACAAAAAAAUAAAUAAGGAUAUAACUGGUUGAGGACUUAUUUUAAAACCAGAUUUAUCCAUUGAAGUCAAGAACUUUCAGACUUGUUUCUUAUAUUAAUUUGAGCAGAAAGAGAUCAAGCACACAUUUCUCUGAUAAGGCAAAGAAUUGUUGCUAAGAAGCCUUUAAAACAUCUGUUUUUCUGUAUGGCUCGCACACUUAAUUGCACAAAGAGGAACUCAUCAUUUUUUUCAAUCCCUGCUGGUCAGAAUUAUUACUUAUAAAAGUUGUUAAAUAUAGAUGAUUUAAUUUGGCAUUCUCUGCCUGUGUAAAUGAAUUGCUGUACAAGUUUACAAGGAUGUCUUUCUCAGUUUGUAAUGUCACCCGGUACCGAGAAGAGAGUACAGUAUCAAGGAAAUGCUCACAAAAUGAUGAUAUUUGAUUAAUGUUGUGCUCAUGUAGAAACCUAAACAGAAAGUGAAAUAAAACAAAGUUACACUAAAACGGUUUUGUUGAAUGUCAGUUUAAGAGAAUGGCUAAGCUUGUGUUUUGUUUUUAAGGAAGAAUAGGUUUUAAAUGAUCCAUACUAGAAAAACAUAUUUUACAUGACAAUUCACUCCCUACUGUAGGAGUAUUGUUCAUAAUACAGUAGUCAGUGUAUUAUUCCUUAUAGCCCAUACAUUUACUUAAUGAAUACUGUCGUGAUGCUAUCAGCAAUCCCCAAUUUUAAGUAAUGACAUCAGGAUUUACAGUGUAUACAUAUGUUAUUUACAGUUGUUUAUACAUGAUAUUUACAUCACGUGAAUUAUAUACAGUAUAUGCAGGACUGUGGAUUAUAGGAAUUUAUAAUGUGAUUUUGUUGGGGAGGGGUAUAUUUUAUUGUUCUAUCAGUUUUAAACAUUUUUUUGUGUCCCAUGUUCUAAUUCCACAUUAAUCCAGUCGAUGUUUAUUUACUAUGUGCACAGUGAGGGUGCAAUUUACUAAAGGUUGAUUUUGAUUAAUUUAAAAUCAAUGAAAAUUGAUAAAAACCGAUGUACUUCCAGGGUUAUAACACACAUUUAUUAAUUUGUAAAAAUUUAUAUAGAACAAUCACCUGUUAACAAAUGUGCUGAAAACUAACCUCAAUUUAGAUACAUUUUAAUCGAUUUCCAAUUGCUUAAAAUCAACCAAAAUCGAUGUUUAGUAAAUUUCCUCCUAAUAGAGAAUUGCGAAGUGGGUAGAAAAAAAAGUAUGCAUAUUUUCAAGUAUUUAAAAAUUUAAUGGUGGAACUUCAGAACUAUCAAUGCAUGUAGCACAUUAUCGGAGUUAGGUAAAGGAAGAAAUAAGAAUUCGGAAAUAUCGACAGAUGUAUAACACACAUUUAUUAAUAUUUAAAAAUGUAUAUAACACUUAGCAAAUGUGCUGAAAACUAACAUCAAUUUAGAUUUAUUUUAAUCGAUUUUUAAUUGGUUAAAAUCGACCAAAAUCGAUGUUUAGUAAAUUUCCCCCUAAUAGAGAAUUGCAAAGUGGGUAGAAAAAAAAGUAUGCAUAUUUUCAAGUAUUUAAAAAAUGUAAUGUUGGAACUUCAGUACUAUCAAUGCAUGUAGCCCAUUAUCGGAGUUAGGUAAAGGUUGAAAUAAGAAUUAGGAAACAUCAACAGAUGUAUCACAUUCUGCUGCUUAAUUAAAGUCAAUUCAUAAUAUAGUGGAACAUUCUCACAGUAAUUAAUGAACUGUGAAUAUGUGAUUUUUUUUGUAAGUGAAAAAUAUGUAAUUUUGUGUAGAACAAAUAGCUCCCAACAUAAAACAAUCAACCAAUAGUGUGUUCAUUUAUUGAACUAGAAGAAUGAGCAAUAAACUGAAUUGUUGCUAAAGGCAACAGCAUCUUUUUAGCAGUUUUCCUUCAAUUUACCAUUAUAUUGCUGUCACCCUGACUAGCAGAGUGAUUUGGUUUCACCCCUGAGACAGCAAUGCUGCAGAAAUCAGAUGUCAUGUCUCUGGAAAGUAGUAUCUGCUUUGUAAAGUAUGUAUCACUUUAAUUGAUGGAAGAGUUUAGGUGUGUACACACGGUGAGAUAAAUCUAUAAGAUUUUGACUAUAUAGUCAAAAUCUUAUGAAAAGUUAGUGCAUAUCUCAAGGUAGCUUGCGAUACAGAUUCGAUCCCAAAGCGCGCUCUUGCGGGGUCGGUAUCGUAAGUCUAGAUAGACUGUGCAGGCAAUUCAAUCUUGACUAUCUAGUGUACGAUCUAGUACAAAGUAUAGUCAAAAUUGGCAUUUAGUCAAAAUCGUACAUAGACAAAAUCUCAAGCAUAGAUAGUCAAAAUCUGUACAAUCUGCGCUAUCUGGGAUCUGGGGGAGCUCAAGGGAAAUCGCAGAGUCAAAAUUGGGCAUUGCAAUGAUCUGACCGUGUAUACACACCUUAAGGUGGAGAAUCGUCUUGGCCAGUAGAACUUGCCCAUACAGUAUAUAUUUAAUUCCUUUGCAAAAAUACAAUUUAGAGGAGUUUGCAAUUUGAGAUACUCUUUAAUUCUAGGUAACCAUAAAAUUGAUUAUAUUGUUAUGAGCUGAAAUGAGGUGGUCCCAAAAAUAUGCCUCAACUGUACAUAUACUCAUGGGGCCAAUGCUACCUAUACGGUUUAUGUAUGAAAGUGAACACACCUAAAAUAUAAAAUGUCUCAUAAAUGCUAGAUUUGUCAAUUUAAAUGUAUUUUAUCCAUAGUACAGCCACAUAAAAACUGUCAUUUUUUGCAAGUUAAUUAAAAUGAUUAUAAAACUAGAUUAAACAUUAGUAUUGUUUGAUAACUUUCAUGGAAUCUACAGUAUGUUACAACAUAAUCCUAUUUAUACAGUAGGUCCUCAUUUAUCAAAUUGCUUUGGUAUUAUAUAGAUACAGGGUGUUUCCAAAAAGGCUAACUGAAACUUGUAUGUGGAAUAUGCUGGGUCAACACAGGUCACUGUGCGAUGUGAAAGGGGCCUUGGAGAAUUCCCGGGUCACCUGACCUGGUAAUUCAACCCAGGUUAUAAGAAGGGUUAUUCCCGGGUUGAAUACCGGAUCAGUGGCAGUGUGAACGGGUUCCCGGGUCGAUGCGACCCGGGACCCGUUUACUACAUAGGGAGAGGCGGCGCGGAGAUGAGCUCAUCUCCCAGUGCAGCCUCCACCCCUGCUGCUGGCUCCGCCCUCCGCUGCUAUGGCAACCAGUCUGGCAUAGUGCUGGGUCGGGAAGCCAACGAUGAGCUCCAAUGCUGGAUCCCACCCGGGAAGGACCCGUUUCCAAUUCCCGGUUGGGAUCCGGCAUUGGAGAUGUGAAAGGGGCUUUAUAUAUUACAGUAGAUGUUUAGUGACAGCUGGUAUGCCAUGGUACACUAUCCAGGAAUGUGCAUGGUGAGUGGAACAUUAUUUCCGAAGUUAUGGGACAGUACGGAAUGGCGGGCCUUCCCUGGCAUCCAUAACUAGUGGGUUCCAGGACAAUUUCCAGAGACCUGCACCACUAAACAAACCAAUCCUGUCUAAGGUGGAAAUAUUCCCGCAAACAGGGUUCGUGGCUAAUCAUAAUAAAGGACAUUCCCGCAGACCCUGCAGCACCACAAGCAAUGUAUGAGUACGGAAAAAAGUUUGUUACCUUUUUUUUUUUUAAACACCCUGUAUAUCAUUCCCCAUGAGAAUAUUAGACAGUUUAUACAAAUAAACUACAUGGUAAAAAAUUAGUUUGUUGAAUUAUAUUUGAACUACAUACUUUAUUUAUUUAUUUCUUUUUUAAAGAAAGUUAAUGACCACUUUCAGUGUUCCCUCUGUACAUUAGCAAUAAGAUAUCGAAGAUGACACAGAAAAAAUGUCUACAUUAUGCCACAACAGAACAGUAAAGUUUAUUCAGGUUAUGCAACCAGAGUGGCAAGCUAAUCUUUCAAUUGGAAAGCUUAUUGGAAACUUUGAGUGUCAUUUACAAAGCACAAAACAGCUGCCAUACACCUCAUAUUGCACCAGUACCUAUAGAUUUCUGCAAAAAGAGCAGAGUUUUGCUAUAAGGUGGAUGUAUUAGUGUAGGGGCAGAAUUUUGUGCUAGCAAUUACAUAGGUCUUUGUGUUUCUUAUUAAGUACAGAGUAGCUGUGCCUAGUUUUGCAAAGCAGUGCAAAGUGAGGUUUUAUUUUGUGGAGUAAGAUUAUUGAAAUGCGACAGAAGUGGAGAUGGUGCACUAUUAGGGCUGAUCCUUUCUCUGGAAAGGGGGCCCAAUCAUUUCCUUUAUUAAGACGGCUUGGAGGAGUUUGCUUGCUAUGCUGCACUUUAAGUGGGACAACAUUUGCACCUCCCAGAAGCACCUUGGCGGAGAAGCGCCCCACUUGGCUCCUUUUGCACAAUGUUAAAGAACAGAAACAAUAGCUUCAUAUAUUGGCCCUCAUUCCGAGUUGAUCGGUCGCAAGGCGAAUUUAGCAGAGUUACACACGCUAAGCCGCCGCCUACUGGGAGUGUAUCUUAGCAUCUUAAAAUUGCGACCGAUGUAUUCGCAAUAUUGCGAUCACAAACUACUUAGCAGUUUUAGAGUAGCUUCAGACUUACUCUGCCUGUGCGAUCAGUUCAGUGCUUGUCGUUCCUGGUUUGACGUCACAAACACACCCAGCGUUCGCCCAACCACUCCCCCGUUUCUCCGGCCACUCC